UUACCUUUACAUGCCCUUUUUCCUCAGUGAAGAAAUCAUAACCAUGGCAACGGGUCUCAAGGUGUACUUCUGUGGCAGCAUCAGAGCUGGCCGAGGAGACGUGGAGAUUUAUGGUCGCAUUGUGGAGAUGCUCGGGAAGUAUGGCACCGUUUUGACACCUUUCGUGGCUGAUCCAAACCUGACAGUACAUUCAGCUGAAGAAGGAAAAGCAAAAACUGACAAGGAAAUCUAUGAUCGUGAUAUGAGCUUACUAGAGGAAUGCCAUGCUAUUGUUGCAGAAGUAACACAGCCAUCCCUUGGUGUUGGAUUUGAGCUCGGCCGUGGUGUGGCAAUGAAUAAGAAGAUCCUCUGCUUGUAUAGACCUCAGCCAGAAAAGAGACUGUCUGCAAUGGUCCGUGGGGCAGAGAAGGAUGGCUUCUUUACUACUAAGGAUUACAAGGAGGAAGAUCUCCCUGCUAUCUUUGAUGAUUUCUUCCAGAACUUUUUGCGCCGAGAUAGGAAGGACAGCCUCGACUGGAAAAGUUACGAACCAAUGUAAAUCAUAUCGAGUACUUUCAGGAAAGGUUAACACAGUGCUUUCAUAUCAGUUCCUUGAAAUUUGCUUGGAUGGGAUACAGCAUUUAAUGUCUUCUGUAGAAUGGAUUCUAUAAUAUUGUCCAUCUUUGUCUCGGAUUUACCAUUUCUGUCUUUAUCAACAGUAUUCUUGUUGGGCCAAUUGAAUUCAGUUUGAGAAUGAUUUUGAUAGAUACCUGUGUAUCAUGACUUCAUUACAAGAAAAAUGCUAUUAAGAGGCAAGUCUUUGUUAGAAUGUAAUAAUUUUUGAAUCACAAAGAUUUUACUUUAAUGCACAUUGCAUUUAAUGUUAAUAUUUUGACAGUAUUUAAAAAAAAAUCCACUGUAUUGUUAAAGAAAAUAAACGGGUAAACUUCA